UUUAUUUCUCUGACAGGCAGUGUCUGGUUUUGUCGUGCCAUACUUCAAAACAAACCAUGACGGUUUCCUACACCCUUGAAGUUGCCAAUGCUAAGUUUGCUGGCUUCACCAAGCUGCUCUUUAGGUGGAAGGGGAGCAUUUACAAGUUGUUGUUUAAGGAAUUCCUUGUCUUUUGUGUGAUGUACUCCUUCUUCAGUAUAUUUUACAGGUUUUUGCUGUCACCAAAGCAACAGGAGUUGUUUGAACUCAUAGCCAUUUACUGUGAUCAGUAUGCCAACCUUAUACCUAUGUCUUUCGUCUUAGGAUUCUACGUCACUUUGGCCUUCAAUCGUUGGUGGGGUCAGUACACAAGCUUCCCGCUGCCUGACAACUUGAUGAUGGUGGUCUCUGGGAAUGUCCACGGGGCAGAUGAAAGGGGACGUUUGCUGCGACGAACGCUCAUGAGAUACGCCAACCUUUCCUCUGUUCUGAUAUUGCGUUCCAUAAGCACUCGAGUGCAUAGGCGUUUCCCGUCAUUGGAACAUGUUGUGGAUGCCGGGUUUAUGACGUCUCAAGAGCACCUAAAGAUAGAGGGUUUGUACUCAGACUUCAACAAGUAUUGGAUGCCGCUCACAUGGUUCACAAAUCUAGCCUCCAUAGCAAGAGAGGAGGGCCGUGUGAGGGAUGACAUUGCUUUGAGGCUACUCAUGGAUGAGCUCAACAACUACAGGGCCAAGUGCAGCCUGCUGUUCCACUAUGACUGGAUAAGCAUCCCUCUGGUCUACACUCAGGUAGUCACUCUUGCCGUUUACUCUUACUUUGGCUUCUGCCUGAUCGGGCGUCAAUUUCUAAAUCCAGAGAAGGAAUACAAAGGCCAUAAACUGGAUUUGUACAUUCCAGUUUUCACUCUGCUCCAGUUCUUCUUUUAUGCUGGCUGGCUCAAGGUGGGAGAGCUUAUUAUCAACCCAUUUGGAGAAGACGAUGACGACUUUGAGACCAACCAACUUAUAGACCGAAAUAUUCAGGUGUCCAUGCUGGCUGUGGAUGACAUGCACCAGAACCUGCCUCCUACUGAGAAGGACAAGUUCUGGAAAGAGAGAUACUUUUCCAAGACGCUCAAACCGGUUUUCAAGGGCUCCACAUAUGACAUGAGGAUGAGUGAUGAGGACCAAUCAGUGGACUCCCUUGUUUUAGGCCAACAUUUUAGAGGGUCAGUUGGUGAUGUAUGUGGGACCAAUACCAAAGGGAGCCAGAGUGUGCAUUUAGUCCCACUCCACAGGGGAAGCCUGUCCUCGGAUGAGCACACCAUUGGGGAUGAGUGUAAUAGAAAGGAAGUCAGCAAACUUGUUGAGGGAGACAAACCCACCAAUCAGAAUAAUUUACAAGGGUUGGGGAGAGUUAAAGUGGUAGUGGAUCCACCCUGCUACUGAAACAAGUUUGCUAAUUGUAUCCUCUUUUUUUGACCACUUGAAGCAUUUGAAUGUUCUUUAUUCUC